ACACUUUUCAAACGCCAUAUUUCAGGUUCUUCUCACGUCAGUUAGUGAUUAGCAGUAAGCGGCGGGGUGGAUUUGGAUUUGCAGGAGCAUCUGAAGUCUUUUAAACAUGAGUGACUCUGAAGACAUGGAAGUUGGACUGGAAUCAGCAGAUACAAAACAAGUACUUGACACAUCAACUAAAGAGGAACAAGAUGACUCAGAGACACCUAAAACCAAGAGCACAAUAUUUGAAGUGGAAAUCAUCGAAGGAAAACGUGAAAAGAAGACAGUCCAGAGACUUGACUUGCAAAUGGGUAAACCUAAAGAAAAGCCAAAAGUUGAAAGUAUAGGCCAUGGGGACAAACUGGGAGACAUUGCACGUGUCAAUCAUGCAAUUGGAAAGCUUAAAGCCCCACUGCUAAAACCUCUUCACAAGAUUGUCUAUGACCGUCCAGGAGCUGCAUCUUCAUUGAGGAAAAACCUUCGGUUAUUUAAUGGCUUUCCAUUCGAAAUAGACAGUGACGCGUACAAAAAGAAAAGGGAAAAAAUCAUAAAGCUUCCCAAAGUACAGUUAAAGACCAUUUGUCAAAUUCUUGAUCUUGAGAGAAGUGGAAAUCAGGCUGUUCUGGUUGACAGGAUUUUGCAGUUUCUUACAAACCCCACAAACUCAGGAAAGCCUGUAAUAUUAAAAAAGAAAAAGAAGAAGAAAAUGACGAAAGAUGUCAAAGGAGAAAAGAAAACUACAUCAAAGAGCUCGAAGGAGAAUUUAAAAAGCGGAAGGUCUAAAGCGAUUGUUACAGAUUCCAGCAGUGAUGGUGACGAAGAUGAUGAAGGUGAAGAAAAAAAUGAAGAUGCUGAAAAGUCAGACAGUAAAAAACAUAAAGAGGGUGAAAGUAGCUCUGAAGAAGAGGAAGACAAAGAGAAAAGUGUCGAUUCUGAUGAAGGUCUGGAGGAGGAUGAUGAGGAAAUCUUGCCGGGCCUACCGAGCAUGCUGAGCAGGCAGUACAGCGUGAAUCUGUCUGCGGAGCUGCUGCGGACACAGGGAUUCAUUAAUGGCCGCUGGGUUUCUGCUGCCUCCACCUACCCUGUUCUGGAUCCAGCUACUGGGGAAGAGCUGGCUAAAGUCUCUGACUGUGGACCACAGCAAGCUCAGGAGGCUGUUGGUGCUGCUUACAACGCAUUUAACUCGUGGAAGAGUCACACUGCAAAGGAAAGGAGCUUUCUGCUGCGAAAAUGGUUUGAUCUGGUCAAUCAGCAUAAAGAAGAUCUUGCCAAGCUGAUUACAGCAGAGUGUGGAAAGCCCCUAAAGGAGUCCAUAGCUGAGAUGACAUACUCCGCAUCAUUUUUGGAGUGGUUCUCAGAGGAGGCCCGUCGUGUCUACGGUGACAUUGUUCCACCAGCUGCCAAAGACCGCAAAAUACUGCUGUUCAAACAGCCAGUAGGCGUUUCCUCUAUAAUCACCCCAUGGAACUUUCCCAGUGCCAUGAUAACCAGAAAAGUUGGGGCAGCUAUGGCAGCUGGCUGCACUGUAGUGGUGAAGCCAGCUGAGGAUACACCCCUUUCUGCCCUUGCACUUGCUGAGCUGGCAGCACAGGCUGGAAUCCCCCCUGGAGUGUUUAAUGUGGUGCCCUGCUCCAGGGAAAAGGCCCCUGCUGUGGGGAAGAUCCUCUGCACUGACCCUCUGGUUGCUAAAGUGUCAUUUACUGGUUCUACUGCCACUGGCAAGAUCCUUCUAAAGCAUGCUGCAGAAACUGUGAAGAGAGUGUCCAUGGAACUGGGGGGACAUGCUCCCUUCAUCGUCUUUGACAGUGCAGAUGUGGACAAGGCUGUAGCUGGAGCAAUGAUGUCUAAAUUUAGAAACUCGGGCCAAACUUGUGUGUGCUCCAACCGCUUCCUAGUGCAGAGUGGAAUUCAUGAUGUGUUUGUGGAGAGGCUGGGGAAGGCAAUGGAUGCAGAGUUGCGACUGGGCCAUGGGUUUAAGCCCACAACCACACAGGGACCCCUCAUCAAUGUCCGUGCUGCUGAGAAGGUGGAGCAUCAGAUCACAGAGGCUGUUUCUCAAGGUGCUUUAGUGCUGAAGGGUGGGAAGAGACUGGAGGGUUCUUUCAUGCAGCCAACACUGCUGUCCAAUGUCACCACUGACAUGUUAUGUAUGCAAGAGGAGACUUUUGGACCCCUGAUACCAGUUCUCAAGUUCAACACAGAGGAGGAGGCGCUUGCCAUCGCUAAUUCAUCUACAGUUGGAUUAGCAGGCUACUUCUACUCUCAGGACGUUAAUCAAAUCUGGCGUGUGGCUGAGCAGUUGGAGGUGGGAAUGGUGGGGAUUAAUGAGGCUUUAGUCUCCACCCCAGAAGCCCCAUUUGGUGGAGUUAAGCAGUCAGGCCUGGGCAGAGAGGGAUCGAAAUAUGGUGUUGAUGAAUAUCUAGAGAUAAAGUACAUGUGUUUCGGUGGCCUCUCCCUCUAGUUGAGGAAUGUCCAUUAUUUCUUUCAAAUAAAGCUAAUUAAUAGGAGCAGUGUGAAUUGAAACAGUUAAUUAUUUUGUUUAGAAUAAAAAAGGAGGUUUAAAGAAUUUAUACCUACAUAGACUGAAAAGCACAUUUUUGAAAAAGGAGAAUCAGGUUAUAAAAGUGGUGAUAAAGGAUAGUGUACAGGUUUUAUUCCUGGUGUUUAUAAUCAGUCCAGUCACUUGAACUUGACAUAAACAAUAUGGAAAUACAGUACAAUAGACAUUUAAGAUCUAAAAAAAAAAAAACAGUUAUAGCAGUCUUGUUUUAGGAAAUUAAUUAUUUUUUGUGUAAAUGUAUAAAUCAGUGUUAAGUCGGUGGAUGUUGUAUGACCAGAAUAUUAUAGUUAUAUUAUUUUUUCUAUUUUUGUAAAAUGUUUACUACUUUUAAUGAAAGAGGACUAAAAUGCUGACUAAAAUACAGUACAUAAGUAAUUGUACCUGCCAAAUGUAAAAAAUGUGAUAUUAAUUUAAUUAGUUGACAUAUAAUUACUAAUCAUUAUGAUUAAGUGCCAUCUAGUCGAUUCUGACUUUUUGUGACCAUAAUGGAUAGUAUUUUUUCUGAAGUGUGUACAUCCUUUGUAUAUCCAUUUUUUUUUUUUUUUACAAUAUUUUAAGUAGAAUUAAUGGCUACAAAGAAAUUAUCACACAACUUAAAUAAAAAUCGUUCAUUUUAGUUUUUA